AUGGGUUGCUUCGUAGGCCUUUUGGGAUUCGGCUGCAUAAAUGAGGUUUUGGACUUUCCUAAAUCCGUCGUGUUCAGAGCAGUCAGUGAGUAUCGAACACCGUCUAGUCGAUUUGACAGUUCCGCUGUGGACGGUGUCAUCCUUGCUGCUCCUCCAGUAGUUGCUCUCCAGCUUCUGCCACCACAAGGUAGUCUGGUGUUCAAAGGUUUCCGAAAUGUAUCUUUUAAUUGA